UUGGUAACAGUCCCUUUUCUUGCUCCAGUUAAGUGGGGUGAGGAUAAGUUGUGUCCCUUCAGCAGAACAGAGAUGGUUCUUUGAAAUUGAGUGCUUAGGUCCUGCUUCAUUAGUUUCUCUGCAUAGAGAUGGGUUUUGAGAGCAAGUCAUGGUUGGUCUUGCCUCUUCUUUUCUUGCUUGCAAGCUGUUGGCAAAAAUGUGUCAAUGGAGAAUCACAAGUUCCUUGCCUUUUUAUAUUUGGGGACUCUUUGUCUGAUAGUGGAAACAACAAUGACCUUCCAACCACUGCAAAAUCUAACUACAAUCCAUAUGGGAUCGACUUCCCAACUGGCCCAACCGGAAGAUUCACCAAUUGCCGGACCACAAUUGAUAUAAUUACUCAAUUUCUGGGAUUUGAGGAUUUCAUCCCUCCCUUUGCAAACACUAGUGGUUCGGACAUACUUAAAGGUGUGAACUAUGCAUCUGGGUCAGCUGGAAUUCGUAAUGAGAGUGGCACGCUUUCGGGUGCUUGCAUCAGCUUGGGAUCACAGUUAGCAAAUCACAGAGUCAUAGUUUCCCAAAUUGCCAAAAAACUUGGAAAUCGUGAAAAAGCUCAACAAUACCUUAACAGGUGCUUGUAUUACGUGAACAUAGGCAACAAUGAUUACUUAAACAAUUACUUCCUUCCCCAAUUUUACCCAACAAGCAGCAUUUAUAGUCCUGAGCAGUAUGCAGAAGCUCUGAUUGAAGAGUUAUCUGUGAAUUUACUGGAUCUACAUGACAUUGGAGCAAGGAAAUAUGUGUUGGUUGGGCUGGGCCUUAUAGGCUGCACUCCAUAUGGAAUCUAUACAACCGGAAACGGGUCUUGCGCUGAAGAGGAGAAUGCUGCUGCAUUCAUUUUCAAUGACAAGCUUAAAUCUCUUGUGGAACUUUUCAAUAACAAGUUAUCUGCUACUUCCAAGUUCAUCUUCAUAAACACUACAUCCAUUGACCAAGAGAAUACACUUGUCUCAGGUAUUUCGGUGACUGAUGCUGCUUGCUGUAGCCCGGGGUUGCUUGGAGAGUGUAUUCCUGAUGAAAUACCAUGCUAUAAUAGGAGUGAUUAUGUGUUUUGGGAUGAAUUUCAUACCACAGAGGCUUGGAACCUACUCACCGCCAUAAAGUCUUAUGAUACUUCUUCUAAUCAAGCCUUCACCUACCCAUUGGAUAUCAAGCACCUUGUUCUUGAGCAAGAUCUUAAGAUGGAAUUGAAGUUCAUAAAUGGGAUCACAUCACAGCUCAGUGGCCCUACAUAAUUAUGUUCAUGUUAUCGUGUUGAUCAUUCAUGUAAAGCUGAAUAGUUUAUUCAUUGAAUAAGUUGAGUAAUAAGAUGCUACUAGGGGUGGAAAUAAGCUAGGCUUUGGUUAAAUAAGAUUGACCUACUUAAAAAAAUUCAAUUUGCUGGGCAUGGUUCAUGUAACUUUCUUUUAGACUUGAGCCUGAUCUUUUUGAAAGUCUGAUCUACCUUGGUAGCCUAUUUAAACAUAUAAUUAAGUCAAUCAGUGUAUGAUUUUAAGUUGUUAUAAAAAUUGUAAUGGAAUUUUUUUUUGAUAA